AUUUGUUGUCUGUCAAGGGAUGGGACGAGAUGACAGCUCACUCAUUCCGCCUGAUGUUUCGCCAGAUUUCAAGAUUCUACACUUGUCCAGGCGAUAAAAGACCAAAGCGUCACAGCUGUGGCUGUUACGUCUAACAGCCGUGACGUUAACAGCUCGUGCUGCCACCUAGCUGCUGCCUGUGAGACCAGAUGCCAGACAUGGCGCAAGCUCGUCACCAGCGGACGGUCCUUCUGGCGCUCGAUGGUGGACACGCGUCCGACUUCGCCUUCCAAACCUACAUGACGACGAUCAGACGAGAUGGAGACCAAGCUGUGUUGUUUACCUGCAAGCAACUCGGCAACAUCCUGCAGUCCUUCUGGAAGACUGCUGUGCUCACCUAUGACAAGGAGGCGCUGGCAGGACGGCUGCACAAGGACGAGGGGAGAGACCAAGGCGCUUCUGAAGCCCUACGGAGACAAGCUGGCCAGCGCUGGGGUCCGCUUCAAACCCUCGAUCGCCAUGUCUGACAACCCCGGGCACUGCAUCGUCAGCACAGCGCAAGAGGAGAACGCUCACCUCAUCGUCAUGGGGUCACGGGGUCGAGGGCUACUGAGACGCACUCUCCUGGGGUCAUGUUCAGAUUACGUCACCAUGCACAGCGACAUCCCUGUUGUCCUGUGCCCUCGCGUGAUGGUGGACAACACGAAGUCCUCAGACUGUCGGAAGAAUAUGUCUAGAAAUUAAUACUGACCUUUCCUAUCAGAUCAGUUCUUUUUAUUGGCAACAUGAAAGGUUUAGGUUUAUAUGUUAUUAAACCACUGCAUUCUAUACAUUUGA